AUGGACACCCAUGGCCGCCUGUUCUCAUUCGCCAAGUACCUCAUGGUCAGUCUGUCCGCCAGCCACACACACAGACGCCUCCAGCUAUCGAAUGACUUUCCCUGUCUGUCUGUCUGUCUUUGGUUCUGUGUGUGCAGUUCUUGUCGAUGUGUGACAUCAAUUUGGCCGCGAGCGAUGUCCGCCUGCUGGCCGCCACGGCCGUUUACGUCACACGCAAGACCAACCAGAAACACAUAGCGGGCCGCAUUUGGGUGAGCCUAACAGUAGCAGCACGGGUCAUGGCCUACCUAUGGCCUGUAUGGGUUUGUGUGUCCCAUUGUUCAUUGUCAGAGUGCGGCCCUUGUGGCUGAGAGUUCGAUGAGUGAGGCGGCGUUGCAGUCUGGCAUGAUGACACUGAGGAUGCAGCGGCUCAUGUGGGGCGACACACAGACCACCAAAGGGGUGAGCAUGUCAGAAGACCAGUAGAACCGCCAACACAGCACCGUGUUGAUGUCGUUGUGUGUCGUUUGUGUGGUGUGCGCGCAGGUCAUGACGGAUGCAGUGGAUGAGCUGUUCGCCCCGGCCGACCGCCACGGCGUCGCAUCGACCCGCAGCCACACACAACAAGAGCAGCAGCAGCAGCAUCGGGUGCGUCUGACACAACCGACCGCCAUGCACCCGAUGUGCCUUGAGAAUCGACCUGCAUUGUUACGUGUGUGUUGAUCUGCAGGGGGGGAACCAGGAGCACCCCUUCACCCACCUGUUCGCCGAAGACCGCUGCCGCAUCCCGGACAUCAGCACCACACUGCAGCUGAGGGUAUCAGGCCGGUGCAUCAGAGAGGCCUUCUCAUCUGCCCAGCUGCGCAACCGACUCGACCACUCACUGAGCCGUGAUGGCGAUGGCGGCAUCAACACCCCACAGCUGCAGCUGCUGCGGUUCGACCCAUCGCUGUGUGUGGGCGACCUCAUGGCGGCGGUGUGGAUAGCCGAGGAGCCAGGAGCGCGGCGGAAGUGGGAUGGGACAAGAGAGACCCUGCAGUGGGCCAGUGAGUGCGGCUUCUGUCAGCUGCCCGUCAUGCUCACCAGUGCUGACAUCAACAGACACGCCAACAAGACGGUAAGGCACACACACACAGGGGCGGGGAUACAGCAGAGAGGCCUCAUCCUCUCUCUCUCUCUCUCUGUGUGUGUGUGUGUGUGUGUGUCUGUGUCUGUGGUGGCGUUUAGGCGUAUAGAUCGGUAGCUCGUGUGUUGGCGCAGCUCACGUUGGUGGGCCGCCACAUCGACUUCGGUGGCGGCAGCCGCCUGCAGAUCGUCCGCCAUGCCAAUGGUGAGGUGCGGGCCAUCAAGGACGAGCCCGGCUUCCAGGUGGACGUCGACCCGCCCCUCCCCGCCCACCAUCUGUGUCGGCAGCACCGACAGCAGCAUGACCCACCGAUGACCAGCGACAUCCACUAGCGGGACGCCAGAUGGGUGUCGUUCGGUCUCCCGACCACCUAUGCGUCAUUGUCAUCAUUCGCCAAGCGCACGAUCCUCAACCACUUCUACUGGACUCACCAGACCAAUCGCACAUCGAUAUUACUCAACAGGUAAGACAUCACUGGCCCAAGUGACGAGAUGGGUGCGUGUUUGAUUGUGUGUGUGUGUGUGUGCUCGGUUCAGGCGUGUUAGUGGCGGCCGUCUGGAUGGCCUCCUCAACCAGUCGCCCCACACAUCAGUGGCCGGAUGCACCACUACAAUGAGCCAUAACGGUCGUGUGCGAGAGCUGGUCCUCACCGGCAGCAGCCACAAGUUCGUCGCAUGGAUUGCCCUUUUGGAUAUGGGAAACGGCAACGGUCAGGCCGACAGACAGACAGCUCUGGUGGUCAAAUGUCAUGUGUUGUUCUCUCUCGUCUGUCUGCAGUGUUGGUUUGGAUCUGGACGACCGAGGCGCCUGCGGCUGGUGUGAGUGAGGAUGCGCCCUUCAAGCGUCGCUUCACGAUCACCACUCGGCUGGCCCGUGUGGCGCUGGGGCAAGUGGCGCCAUUGGUGUUCGACGGCCAAGUAGACGAUGACAGCGACGAUGAUGACGGUGCGGACAGGGGAGGGAGGGACACAGACACAUAUGGUGGCCAUGGAUGGAUGGAUGGAUGGCAUUUCUUCUCUGUCUGUCUUUGUGUGUGGUGUAGAUUCCGACGGCCAUGGCGGUGGUUGGGAUGAUCUGGAUGACGACAGCAACGGAGAGGAUAGGAGGUACACAGACAGGAAAGAAGGCCCAGACGCCCCCACCACAGAUGCCUUAUCUUCCACACCGACCCGCAUCACAUGUGUGCGUUUGUGCGUCUGUGUCGGUGUCGAUGGCAGGUGGGGGUGUGUCGGCUGAGGAGGAGCACGAAGACGGCGGCGGUGGCGGCAAUGCGUCGCUCUGA